UGCCAUUAUUACUAUACUUGUACUAAAAAAUAUAGUUAAAAUAUAAAUUUCUUUUAUAAAAUAUUCUUUUAUAUAAAAAUUUUCAAAAUUAUAUAUAAAAAAGAAAAGUUAACAUAAAUGUAAUUUUGAUAUGAUUAUAAUAGUAUAAAGUUUGUAUUGAAGAAAACAACAAAUUUUGAACAAUAUCUUGAAUUUAAAUCUAUCGCAAUCGGCAAUAUCAUUUUCUACUAUUACGAAUUCAUUUAUAUAAAUAUCGUUCAAGUAAUGCACAACUUUAUCUAACAACAGUUAAUCAACAAAUAUCGUUUCCUAUUUUCGUUACGCAUGAAGUUUAUUGUUGCAUUAUUAAAGCUUAAUUUACUUUAAUAUUGUGCUUAUUAUAUAUUAAGGACAAUGUCUUAUCAAUUAUAUCGAAACACAACAUUAGGUAAUACAUUACAAGAAAGUCUGGAUGAAUUGAUUCAAUAUGGACAAAUUACACCUCAAUUAGCAAUUAAAGUACUAUUACAAUUUGAUAAGGCAAUAAAUCAAGCACUUGCAACCAGAGUUAAAUCACGACUUACAUUUAAGGCUGGUAAAUUAAAUACUUACAGAUUUUGUGACAAUGUAUGGACUUUUAUGCUUAAUGAUGUUGAAUUUCGUGAAGUUCAAGAAGUUGCAAUAGUAGAUAAAGUUAAAAUUGUUGCUUGUGAUGGAAAAACAUUGGAUGGAGAUGCAGCCGCAAAGCGAUAACAUCACUUACACAUUUGAAUAUAUUAUUAUAUUAUAAAUAAAAAAAAUACUAGUUAUAAAGAAAUUUCAUAAUAGAUAAUCAAAACAAAGUAUACAUAUAAUAUAUCCAAUAUAGAUAUAUAAUUUUCAUUUAUUUUAUAACAAUUUAAUUUUGUUAUACACUAUAUCUUAAAUAUUAUUAAAAGUAUGAUCAUAAUAUUAUGUUAAAAAAUAGAUAUUUAAAUAUUAACUGCUUUUUUGUCAUAUCAAAACUUAGCAUUAGCUUUAUUUUUGUAUUGUACCUUCUUGGGAAUGGAUAGAUUUUACAUAUUAUAUUUACUAUAACUUAUCUUGAAAAAUAUAAAAAUAUAUUGUAUAAUAUAAUCUUCCUAUGUGGUCCAAUCUGUUGUUCCAAAGAUGUAAAUAAUUUUUUAAACGAGACUGUAAGAUUUAUUAGAAUAUUUAAGUGAUACAAAGUGGCAUUAAGGCUAUAUAAGAAUGUAAUUACAGUACUUUGUAUUAUAAAUAGAACUUUUAAAUAUUAA